CAACUUCUAACCUUCGCGGCCAAUUGCCUUCUCAUUUCCCUCCGCCGCCGGAAAUAAAAGAUGCCGAGAGGAAGGAAAGGGCAGAACCCCACGAAUCCAAAAAAAAGAGCAGCAGCAGCAGAUACACCAGAGCCGCCAACGACCAACAACCACCAACAAGAACGACGGCAAUGGCAGCAGCCCAGACUUCCCUCCAAAUUUCAACUCCUCCAGCGGUCUAUAGUCAUGGACAUCCUCUCAAGGCUCCCCAUCCAAGCCCUCUUCGACUGCAGGUGCGUUUGCAAAUCCUGGCUUACUCUAAUUUCCGACCCGCAAUUUUCCCUUCUCUGCACUUCACGAUCCCCCAUUGGCAUACUGAUCAAGACUUUUCCCCCCAAAAGCAUAACAAGAAGGCUCGAUUUUACCCAGAUUGAGGAAUCCUCCGGUUCUCGCUUUCGCUACGAAAAACUGAGGUUUACCCCCAAAUUUAGCCUGCCCAUUUCUGAAUUUAAUCUGAUAAACUCUUGCAAUGGUUUAGUUUGCUUGUCCGGACCCGAAAGAGGGGACCUUUUGUAUGUCUGCAAUCCAAUUUUGGGUGAGUUCAUCACCGUGCCACGGAGCGAUAGGGCUAGGCCUAAUUUUACCUCUGUUGGACUUGGAUUUAGUGUUGGGACUAGUGAGUAUAAGGUGUUGCAAACGUUUGUUCCGUUGACUAAACCGAUCAGCAAUGAUAAGUGCAGCUAUGAGGCUGAGAUAUACACCAUUGGUAAGGGGGUUUGGAGAAGCAUUGGAACUGCUUCUGGGAGCCUUGGCUGUCAGUUGCCCUUCAAUGCUUAUCUUCAUGGAGCUCUGCAUUGGGUUUCUCGCGGUAGCGAUGUUUCUGAGCUGAUAAAUUCCUUCAACUUUGAAAGGGAACAGUUUCAGGCAGUUGCCCCACCUAGCUACUUUGGACCGCUGGAGAAGCAAUUUUCAGACUGUUUGAAGUUGGGAGUGUUGGAAGGUUGUCUUGUUUUGUGUGUGUUUGGGGACGAUUCUAGUAAAUUUGUUAUGUGGGUUAUGAAGGAGUAUGGUAUCCGAGAGACUUGGACUAAAACUCUUGUUAUCGAAAACUUGUAUCCGAGAGAACUUAGUUGCGAUUUGUAUGAACCCAUGGUGUUUUUGAGAAAUGGGGAAAUUGUAAUGUCUUACAAUGAUUGGGCUGUGGUUUGCUAUAACCAGAAAAGGACGAGUCUCAGAGAAACUAGAAUUACUCAGACCCGAAAUCAGUUUCAUGCAAUUGGUUACUGUCCAUGCUUUGUUUCACUCUAUAAUGUUUCAAGGGCAGAGGAGGUGAAGAGGGUGCAAGGCUGUAGGAAACGUGACAAUCUUCCUGCUGAAGAGAGUUCUGAUCUUCCUCGUGAAGGGAGUUAUGAUUCUGCCUCUGAGAUGCAACACCACAAGUCUACAAAACUUAACUUGGGCCGUGCCUGGCCUUCCUUCGAAGCAAGUCUUCCAACAAGCACGAAUUCCUCUGCGAACACAAUCUCUUUUCAGCCGGAUUUCACUUGGAGGGCAGGGGCUCCGUGUGCUCUAUGCAAUGAGCACUUGGGUUAUGUUUUCAGCGGUAAUGGGUUCCCGAUGUGUCUACGAUGCUCCAGCACUGGUUCCUCUUGAAAAUUCUUCAGGAUAACUCCGCCUCCAUCGAUGAAAAUGGCAGUCAUAACUUGCUUUGUUAAAUACUUUUGUUAAUGUAAGUUCAUUGCUACUAACUUGUAUGUAAUUGUUUGACUCAGAAGGUUUCUUUUGAGUUUUAACUUAAUUUCCCGACAAACGCAAAGAAGUCAUGUUGAAGGC